GGUGCACCCAAUAAGAACUCGUCUAAGAGUAUCCCUCAGAAACAUGGAUUACAAAGCUUGGGUAAAAUACCAACAGCUCGCCGAGCCCCGGCCAAUCUACCGAGUGUAAAGUCUGAGAAAGGAGGAAAUGAUCCAACCGUUGUUCUGGUUCCUACAGGAGGCUCAGGCUGGACUAAAGAUGGAGAGAGAUCAGGAUCUGUAGAGAAGGGAGAAGUUCAGAAUAGUGUGCCAAAGCCCGCACCAGAAUCCCAAAAGGAACCCCCCAUCCCCUCAGCAGCUCAGAAACCUUCUGGAGUUAAAUCAUGGAGCAGUGUAACGGGUGCAGCUCAGCCCGGUCAGCAGCCAGGGAGAACACUAGCGUUCGGUCAUCAGAAAUCUCCGCUCUUCGGGCAGGAGUUUCCCAGUUUGAGAACCGGAGAGGGAGGAGCCAAGUUGGGUUCAGUGGAGUCGGAUCUCAAGGUACAGAAUCAAGUUGUCAGAUCGCAGCAAGAAUUGCAAGCUGGAAGGGAAGAUCCUGCCAACUUUGGAUCCGGACCAAAUCUUCGACCUCAAACCUAUGGAAACUGGACACAGGGUGGAAUGAAGCCAGGUCAAGGAUCGGUUGAUAAUCAGACAGACUCCGAUCCAAUUAUUCUUCCACAGCCUCACAAACCAGUUCCUCCUGGUGCUUUGGCACACAGUCACAAGUCUCCUCCCAACCAGUACAAGUCUAUCAUGCCUCCCUUCAUGGACGUGAUGGAGCUCCCUACUGGACCCACGGAGCCCCUUGGUAACCGGAGAAUAUCUCGAGAGCGUCCCGGACACAGACGGGAACCUCAGCCUCGAGGCCGACCCCUUCAAUCUGAAUUUACACCUCCGUCUAUUAUUGACAAGGAAAAACUGCGUCGAAUGGACGAUUUGGCUGGAGACGAUUGGACCUAUGACGACGAUAACUUCGAUUACAACAAGAGAUUACAGAGUGAUGAUGAGGAUGUGGAGGCUGAAUCUCCAAGAACGGAUCCGAACUGGGCGGAUCAGGUUGAAAAGGCGCAUGGUACUCAAUCCUAUAAUUUCUAUGAAGAAAUGAAGAAACCUGUUGGGUUCGGGAUUGAAGAGGAUGAGAAGAGGAGAACUAAGAAAUCUGAAGAAGUAAUAAAGAAUAUUGAGCGAGCUAGGCAGAGACGUGAGGAGGAGGAGAGUAGAUACAGACGACCUGGUUCAGAAGAAUACUUCAGGGGGGAGGAGAGACAACAAACUAGAAGAUUUGAUGAUAGUUCGAAGGAAAAUAAAACCCCUCUGGUUGAAAGGAAGGAGUGGGGCUUUGAUGAGAAGAGAGGAAAACCACGACAAUUUGACGAUAGACGAGAGAACAGAUUCGAUGAUAGGAACGAGCGAGGAGAAAGGUUAGAUUCCCGUCGGGACGGAUACUAUCCGCCCAGGUUUGAUCGCAAGGAAGAGAAGGUUAGGCCUGAUGAACAUAGGAAAUAUGACGACACUCAUGACGAUGAAUUCAAAUAUUCUGGACGGAAGGAGCAGGUUCGGAGUUUUGAUGAUAGAGAGAGAAAUAGGAGUUCGGAGGGAACUCCACCUUUCUCAGAUUUCACCAACACUGACGAAAACAAAGGUGAGAGAAGAUGGAGCGGGAGGUCUGGUAGAUCUCCAGUUUAUAACAGACAAACAUCUCUUCUCUCCAACUCGGAUUCUCAGGAGGUUGAACUCGAGAAUGGAACGAGUGAGUGGGGUGCUAGACCUCCUAAACCCAUCACGGACUGGGUAGAUGAUGUGGAGAGUGCUGAGCUCAGUGAGAGACAGGAGUUCGAGGCGGAGCAGUCAAGUCGUCCGAACUCCAGAGAUUCUCGAAUUUCCAAAGAAUCCCGCGGAUCCAAAGAAGGAAAGAAUUCUCGGAACUCUGUUGAGAAAACAAAGAAACUUCCAGAGUUUAAAGAAGAGAAACCAAGGAAACCAGAAACGUCUCUGUUUGAGUAUGACAGUGAGAAGAAGACGAAGAAAGCUCCGAUUACUGAUAUAAGAGGAUAUUUCCGUGAUACUCCAGAGGAAACUAAGAAGGUUGCGCGGCAAGCUCCAGGUCCUAUUACAAGAGAGAAACUUGAGGCGGCGAAUCACAGGGAGACGACGGGAAUGACUCAGCUGAAGAAACGUGACACCAAGGCUGAAGUUAAACCCGUUCAGGUCGAACCUCAAGAAAAAUUGAACCCCCUUCUAGACUCUGAUAUGCUGGAAAACAUAAGCGAUGACGAGGAUGGUCUCCUAGACACCUUGGAGAGGGAGGACAAGAACGGAGGAGGACGAGGACGUGGUGGUAGAGGAAGAGGACAAAUGCUGGAUAAUAGAAAGUUUAACACCAGUACCCGGGGAGGUCGAGGGAUGGGCGGAGAGAGACCAGACCGUGUUGAACGAGGUCGUGGAACACGAGGAGGACGAGGAGACAUCAGAGGAAAAGGAAACAAUGGAAGAUUUGUGGACGUUGAACCGGAGGGAGAGGAAACUGAAGAAAUGAGGAAGAACAGAAAGAAUUUUGAAAAGUUCUCCGAUAAUAUGAAUCAACCUCCUCCGGUAGGAUUCAUGCCUAGAGGUCAGCCCAGUAGGAGAGGAAGAGGAGAAGGAAAAGUUCGCGGAAACUUCGGUGGCCGAGGUGGAAUGUCUCGUAACAGUGAAGGGGUUGAGGAGCAUACUGACGAUGUUGGAGAUUGGAAUGAAGAUGAGUUUAAGAACCGUGGAGGAAACCAGGUACCACCAAGGAUGCAAAGGAAAAGAGAGGAGAAAGGACGUCCUGGAAAGAAUGAUGAAAACGAAGAUGAAACUUCAAGUCAGCAUUCGAACGAGGACAGGCGUCGAAGGGAGGCUGAACGAGGCCGAGGACGUGGAGGUCGAGGCUGGGAGUCCCGUGGCGCUAGGCGUGGAGGCGGACCAGGACAAGGUCAGCGAGAGCAAACCCCUGAGUCUGAUCUGGUGAAAAAGCGUUCUGGGAUCGAGAAUAUUGAUCUUCAUGACUUUGCUAGUGUAGUGGUGGUGGACCAAGAGAACAGUCAUAACGACCAGGAGUUCGACCAGAGUGAAGCAGGAGAGUUCAUGCAGGUUGUUAACCGAAAGGUUAGGCCACCAGUUAUUAGGGAGGACAGGAGAAGCUUUGAAAGGAUUGGUCCUAAGAGCGGAGAUAAGAAUGCUUAUGACCCUAGGUACAGAGAUUCUAGAGAUCCUAGAGAUACUAGAGAUCCCAGGGAUUCAAGAGAUCCAAGAGAUAACUUCAACAAACAGAACAAAAGUUCUUUUGAGCGGCGGCAAAAUAAGCUUCCGCCUAGAUUGGCCAAGGUUCGUGAAGUAUCCAGGGCUCAAGCUAGAUCUGGAGGAAUAUCACCCUCGGGAAUGGAGCAGAAUGGAUGGCCUGAAGGAGAUAAGAUGGGAGUGUUCCAAGUAGAGGAUAUAGGAACUAAUGCUUGGGAGAAACCUCCACCUAGACGAGAAGGAUCUGAAGGUCCUGACAUGAGAGCAUCUCCUAAGCAGGGAAAGGAUAACGGAGGAAUGCAAACCAUGGUGUUUGAGAAUACUGCUUUGAAAGGAGGGAAGGGGGAGAAGAUGGAUAAAUCUGGGAUACAGAUGCCCGUAGGUUUGGGCAAGCCAGAAGAUAAUCUUGACGUUAAGCUUGAUUUUACUUUCGGUGGAGAUGAUUUAUCCUCCCAGGGCAAACCACCUUUAUCCAUUCAGCGUUCUAUGCCUCAUCUUGGUCCUCAAGGACUCCCUGUCUCUCCUAGCACUGAUGAUCUCUCAGCUAAGCUUGCCAACACUAAGAAACUCUGGGAUUCUCCAGGUAUGGCCGUGGUUCCUGAGAAUCCAACCGCUUCUGCUAGUUGGACAGAUUCAUCUAACUUCAAUGAGAACUCCGGGUUUGAAGGUUUUCAGGACGGAGCUCCUGUAGAUAACAGCGGUGGAUACGAUAAAGUUGACAACGGUCCCAACCCUGGCAAUGUUCCAAAGGUUAAACAACAGCAACAACAGCAGCAACAACAACAUGUCAUGGAUCAGGACAAUCGUCCCAACAACCCCAUGCAAUAUGGUAGGAUGGCUAACAACGCUAUACCUGGAGCGAUUCCUUCCCCUCCGACCCAGAUGAAUCAAAUGGGAGCCAUGCAACCUCAACCUUGGGCUUAUCCUUUAGAUCGUAACUCUACUAUGUAUAAUCCUUACGGAGCAAAUCAACUAAACCAAUCUAUUCUCAUGCAAGGAACUCAUUCUAUUGGUACAGAUCUAUUUACUGGUUCUAAUGGUGCAGCUGGAUACCGACUCCAGGGUACAGGACACUAUCCUGGAGCUCAACAGAACUCCGCUAACAAUCAUCUAAUCUCACAGGCGAACCUCAUCUCGAAACAUAACAACCAGAUCGGACCUAUAGGUACCAAGGCAGGGUCCGGAGCUAACAAUUCUCCGUAUCUACAGACAGGACUGGGAACUCUACCUAACACAUAUAUCCAGUAUGAACACAGCAACUUUAACUACGUGAACCCGAACCCUGCAGGGAUGCAGCGUGGGAACGCUCCGCCAACACAGACAGCAUUUUAUCAAAGUUUAGCGAACAGACAACCUCAGCUUACUCUUAAUGCAGCAAUGCAAGGUUCCUACUUGUCUCAGCAACAGCAGCAACAGCAGCAACAACAACAGAUGCGAGCUAACCAUGUUGCUGGUCUACCAUUCCUGAAAACUGAUGUUCAGGGUUUAGGAAACCAGAAAUCAGGGUUAGCAGAUAACUAUGGAGCAGGACCUAACCAUAACUAUAACGGACGGAACGGACCUCCGUCUCCUAAAACUAAAAUGAAGAUGGAACACCAGCAGAAGAUGGCGGCUGCUACUGGGAUGAACAAUCUGAACAGUAUGAAUCAGCUGGCUCAGCUGAGGAUGAGUUCAUUAGGGUAUAAUAUUGGUAUCCCUGGAGUACAGGGAUAUCCUUCUCCUAUAGCCAGACCACAGAUGAACCAGCAGACUGGAAAUCACGGUAUGCCGGGGAAGGUGGAUUAUUACACGGCAGAAGGUGGUAACGAGGAGAAGAUGGAGAACGUGAAUGAUAAACCCGGAGAAGGAGGAAAGGAGGUUGAACCUGCCAGUGCUGAGGUUGAGCAAGGAGGAGGAGGAGAACCAGAUGCAGUUGAUCCUGCUCAAUAAGCUCGAGAUAAACCUAGCCCAGGCAUCUUUAUCUAGCAUAAUGAACCCCAGUCACUACUACUGGCAGUGCUGGAUAUUUGACUAUGUAUACAUAUUCUAAAGUAUGUAAGAUCGGGUAUACCCGAUGUAUAAUUAGUGGGAGGUUGUAUACUGUAUACAUCCUAUCUUUGAAAAUCCAGAAUUGGAUUUGGAAUCUGCAGGAUCAAUCUGUAGUAGUGUGUGUAUUCAAUAUAGACUGAGAGAUAUAUAUCCACUGUAGUGAACUUUAUCUAACCAGUGAUGGGAUAUUCUCGUCUAGUUGUACUUUUCUCAUUUCGACUUCAGCUCAGGGUUUGCUACUGAGUACAGACCCCUAGCUCAUCGUUCCAAUUGCUGCCUGCGUACGAGAACGUGACUCUAACUGUAUUGAAUGAUUAUACAAGUAUCCCUGCUGGUAAAGUGAACGUGUGUACAGAUAAUAAGAUAACUAUGGGAACUUUUGCCUUGCGUAACCCUGUCGUAACGCGGGAGUCUUGAUACGCAAUCUUGCGUCGUGACGCAUCUAACCUACUGUAUAUGAUUCACUAGGUAUCCCUGAAUGGUGGAGGUGAAUGCUUCACUAAAGGAUAUUGUAUUCUUGAUGAAGCUGAAUAUAAAUAUAAUUAUGUUUCAAUUGACAUUCAGUGUUCCACGAUAUAGAGUUUAGUCUGCAGACCUGUAAACCUGUAAACCUACUCCAAACCAACCAACAACCUAAACUAUUCGUGUUCACCAAACAAAGACUGUACUCUAGUGAUUCUUCAGUCCUUACAGCUGUGCAAAUUUGAAUAUUUAUGCCUGCACAAUUAUAAUAAAAAUAGUGCUGUUGUAAA